GCGUCUAUAUGAAAAUUGCACUUUCCACCCUUUUUCCUCCGUCUCCAUUUCUGAUGUCACAGGAGCUCUUCCUCUACCGGCGACUGCGAGAUCUCACAUCAAUUUCUUCGAUCCUUGUGGUCUCAUGGUAGAUCUGACCCUCCUCGCUGCCUCGAUUCUCAAAUAAACACCGUGAGGGGUCUUGUAGAUCUGCUGGAGGAGGAAGAGGAGGCGAAGGUGCGGAGAAGAAGGCUGGAGAGAGAUACUUAGUGUCUGAAUACAGGAAUGGAGUGGGAGACGGUGCAUCAUCUGGACCUGCGCCACGUUGGUCACGGCCUCAAGCCCCUUCAGCCCCACGCCGCAGUCUUCCAUCCGUCCCAAGCCCUCAUCGCCGUCGCCGUUGGUACCUACAUCAUUGAAUUUGAUGCUCUUACAGGAAGCAAGAUUUCUUCAAUUGAUAUUGGUUCUCCUGUUGUUCGCAUGUCAUAUAGUCCUACCAGUGGACAUGCUCUAAUUUCCAUCCUUGAGGAUUGUACAAUCCGGUCAUGUGAUUUUGACACUGAGCAGACUCUUGUGUUACACUCACCUGAGAAGAGAUCAGAGCGUAUUUCAGUGGAUGCAGAAGUCAACUUUGCAUUGACACCUCUACAGCCUGUUGUAUUUUUUGGUUUUCACAAACGGAUGAGUGUGACAGUGGUUGGCACAGUUGAGGGAGGUAGACCUCCAACAAAAAUAAAAACAGAUCUUAAAAAGCCUAUUGUCAACCUUGCUUGUCAUCCACGACUUCCUGCUUUGUAUGUGGCUUAUGCUGAUGGCUUGAUUCGGGCCUAUAACAUUCAGACAUAUGCUGUCCACUAUACCCUGCAACUGGAUAAUACAAUUAAGCUCUUGGGUGCAAGUGCUUUUGCUUUUCAUCCAACCUUGGAAUGGAUAUUCGUUGGUGAUAGAAAGGGCACACUUUUGGCUUGGGAUGUCUCAACUGAUAGGCCUAAUAUGAUUGGAAUUACACAGGCUGGAUCUCAUCCUAUAACAUCCAUUUCAUGGCUUCCUAUGGUGCGGCUUCUUGUUACUGUAAUGAAGGAUGGCACACUGCAAGUUUGGAAGACUCGCGUGAUUGUUAAUCCAAAUAGACAGCCUAUGCAGGCAACUUUUUUUGAACAUGCAGCAAUUGAGAACAUUGAUAUUACUAAGAUUUUAUCUCUUCAAGAAGGAGAAGCCGUCUAUCCUGUACCACGAAUUAGAAGUCUGGCUGUUCACCCAAAGUUAAAUUUGGUGGCCUUAUUGUUUGCAGAUAUGAUGAGUGAGAUGAGUGCAAAAAAUAGAGCUGCCUAUACAAGAGAGGGAAGAAAACAACUAUUUGCUGUCCUUCAAAGUGCAAGAGGUUCUAAUGCUGCUGUCCUGAAGGAAAAGCUUUCCGCUUUAGGUUCCUCGGGUAUGCUAGCAGAUCACCAGCUUCAAGCUCAGCUUCAAGAGCAUCACUUCAAGGGACAAGGUCAGCUAACAAUUUCAGAUAUUGCAAGGAAGGCAUUUCUUCAUAGUCAUUUUAUGGAAGGACAUGCUAAAAGUGGCCCUAUAUCUCGUUUGCCUGUCAUUACCAUCUCAGAUGCCAAAAAUCAACUGAGAGAUGUUCCUGUUUGUCAGCCUUUCCAUUUGGAAUUAAAUUUCUUCAAUAAAGAGAAUCGUGUCGUUCAAUAUCCUGCUAAAGCAUUUUAUCUUGAUGGAUUCAACCUCAUGGCUUAUAAUAUUGCUUCUGGAGGUGAUAACCUAUACAAGAAACUAUACUCCAUGAUUCCUGGAAAUGUUGAGUGUUCUCCCAAGACAAUGAUUUACAGUGCGAAGCAGCAUCUAUUUCUUGUUGUCUUUGAAUUGAGUGCUGCUAAUGGUGUUGUUCAUGAAGUUGUUCUUUACUGGGAACAGACAGAUAUUCAGUCAAUUAAUACUAAAGGAACUUCUGUAAAAGGUCAAGAUGCAGCUUUUUUGGGCCCUGGUGAAAACCACUAUGCUAUUCUAGAUGAAGAUAGAACUAGCCUUUCUCUAUAUAUUUUGCAAGGAGCAACUUCUCAAGAAGCCAAUGAAAAAAAAGGAGCCAAUGAGAAAAAUGGAUCACUGGAUGAAAACUCAUUUACAGAGUCUAAUGUUGCCUCAAAUCAAGGGCCUCUUCAAUUUUCUUUUGAAACAGAGGUUGAUCGCAUAUUCUCAUCUCCAUUAGAGACAACUCUGUUGUAUGUUAUAUCUGGUAAGCACAUUGGACUAGCCAAACUGCUUCAGGGAUAUCACCUAUCAAAUGAUGAUGGACAGUAUAUUUCAACAAAAACUGAUGGAAAGAAGUUCAUUAAGCUGAAACCAAAUGAAACUGUUCUUCAGGUUCACUGGCAAGAAACUCUUAGAGGUCAAGUUGCUGGAAUACUAACUAGUCAUAGAGUUCUAAUCUGUUCGGCUGAUCUGGAUAUUCUAUCCAGCAGUUCAGCCAAAUUUGAUAGAGGAUUUCCAUCAUUCCGGUCCCUUUUAUGGGUUGGUCCAGCACUUCUCUUUUCAAGCACUACUGCAGUUAGCGUUCUCGGAUGGGAUAGCAAAGUCCGAACUAUUAUUUCGAUUAGUAUGCCUUAUUCUGUCUUAAUUGGUGCUCUGAAUGAUCGCAUACUGCUCGUAAAUCCUACAGAGAUAAAUCCUAGGCAGAAAAAGGGUGUUGAAAUACGUAGUUGUCUUGUAGGGCUACUUGAGCCCCUUCUAAUUGGAUUUGCUACCAUGCAACAACACUUUGAGCAGAAGCUUGAUCUUGCUGAGGUCUUAUAUCAAAUAUCCACAAGGUUUGACAGUUUGCGUAUUACUCCAAGGUCCCUGGAUAUUUUGGCUAAAGGCUCUCCUGUCUGUGGUGAUCUUGCCGUUUCUUUAUCCCAAGCAGGUCCCCAGUUUACACAGGAGCUGCGUAGUAGCUAUGCAACCAAAGCUCUCCGCUUUUCUACUGCGCUGUCAGUUCUGAAGGAUGAAUUUCUUAGAUCGAGAGAUUAUCCUCAGUGCCCUCCCACUUCUUAUCUAUUCCAUCGGUUUCGGCAGUUGGGAUAUGCUUGUAUUAAGUAUGGUCAGUUUGACAGUGCAAAAGAGACCUUUGAGGUUAUUGGAGAUUAUGAAAGCAUGCUAGAUCUUUUUGUAUGCCACCUGAAUCCAAGUGCCAUGCGUCACCUUGCGCAAAAACUAGAAGAAGCUGCUAUUGAUUCAGAGCUAAGGCGAGCUUGUGAAAGAAUUUUAAGAGUCCGUUCAACUGGGUGGACACAGGGUAUCUUUGCUAAUUUUGCUGCUGAAAGUAUGAUACCCAAAGGACCUGAGUGGGGUGGAGGAAACUGGGAUAUCAAAACACCAGUCAAUAUGAAGGAUAUACCACAGUGGGAACUGGCAGGUGAGGUUAUGCCGUACAUGAGAACCAGUGAAGCUGGCAUCCCUGCCAUAAUUGCAGAUCAUAUUGGUGUUUAUUUGGGCGUGAUCAGGGGAAGAGGUAAUGUGGUUGAAGCCAAUGAUAAGAGUCUUGUGAAAGUUCUAUCUGCAGUAAGUGGUGUAAACAACUCUACAAUCUCAUUUGAGUCCCAAAUGAAACAGAACACAAAUCUGGUUAGUGAAUCUAAGAAUGAUCCUAUGGUUGAUAAUCUGACCAAGCAAUUGACUGGUGCUACUGCUGCUGACGAGCAGUCAAAGGCAGAGGAAGAGUUCAAGAAAUCCUUGUAUGGUAUUGUUGAUGGUGGUAGUAGCGAUGAAGAUGAGGCAACAGCAAAAACUAAAAAGAUUCAUAUAAGAAUCCGUGAUAAGCCUGCUGCACCUACAGUUGACGUCAACAAGCUCAAGGAAGCUACGAAACAGUUAGGUUUGGUCCCUUCUAUGAGGGCCAAACCAUUAUCUGGGCCAUCGCAAGAUUUUUCGUCUACUUCACCUGAGCCAGGCUCUGAUAAUAAUUCAAAUGUACCAAAAACUGCUGUUGAGAUGUUUGGCACUGAUGCAUUACCAACACAAACAACACAGCCUAACUCGACAGUUAUGGGUAUGGGAGUGACAGCUGGACCUAUUCCAGAAGACUUCUUCAAAAAUACAAUUUCAUCACUACAAGUUGCAGCUUCGCUGGCUCCACCAGGAUCAUACUUGCCAAGAGUUGAUCAAAAUCCUCAAGUCAUGGAUAGGAACAGAGUAGCUUUAGGUCAGAAUGUAACGGCUGAUAUUGGGCUUCCAGAUGGUGGGGUACCACCACAAGUAUCACAACAAACCCAAGUUUCUCAGCAAUCUGCCACACCAAUCGAAUCAAUUGAACUUCCUGGUGGGGGAGUUCCUCCACAGGCCCAGAAUUUUCCUCCUCGGGUACCAACCUCUGCACCAGUCGAUCUUAGUUAUCUCGAAGGGUCCAAUUCUGGACUCGAUGCAACUAAAACUCCACCUUCCCAACCUACUGCUGUGCGCCCUGGCCAAGUCCCUCGUGGUGCUGCCGCUUCAGUAUGUUUCAAGACAGGCCUUGCUCACCUUGAGCAGAAUCAACUUUCAGAUGCCUUAUCUUGCUUGGAUGAAGCUUUCUUGGCUCUCGCCAAGGAUCAGUCACGUGGAUCGGAUAUUAAAGCACAAGCAACUAUUUGUGCUCAGUAUAAAAUUGCAGUGGCGAUAUUACAGGAAAUUGCUAGGCUCCAAAAAGUCCAAGGACCUGGAGCACUUAGUGCAAAAGAUGAAAUGGCUAGACUCUCUCGACAUCUUGCCUCCCUGCCCCUCCAGGCAAAACAUCGCAUAAACUGCAUAAGAACAGCAAUUAAAAGAAAUAUGGAAGUUCAGAACUAUGCCUACGCUAAACAAAUGCUUGAUCUCCUCCUCUCCAAGGCACCACCAAGCAAGCAAGAAGAACUGAGGGGUCUGAUUGAAAUGUGCAUACAAAGAGGCUUGUCCAACAAAUCCAUUGAUCCUUUUGAAGACCCCUCUCAGUUUUGUGCUGCCACACUCAGCCGCCUCUCAACCAUUGGACACGACAUUUGCGACCUUUGUAGCUCAAAGUUCUCUGCUCUUUCUACUCCAGGUUGUAUUAUCUGUGGCAUGGGAAGCAUAAAGAGAUCAGACUCUCUUUCUGGCCCAGUUGCCUCGCCAUUUACUUGAAUGCUGAUUUACCUUGAAAAUAAUUUGAGAAAAUAAAUAGUUGUUGUACAUGAAGUGUUUUUGUUGGUUUAACAAGGUAUUACUUGGAGAGGCAUCCAUUUGAUACACUUUCGAUUUUCUGUAGAUGUCUUUCUGUGUGUACUAAAAAUUUGAUUCAUCACAUGGUUUUGAUUUAUCCAUUUAUUAUUGGAUAAGAAUAUGUAUUUCUUUAUGUUUAA